AUGAGCGUAGAACCUGCAGCAGAAGUACAGAAAGAGCUACCUAAGUGUGGAAGGCUCGUGUUUCGUGGAGUUGAACUGGCAUAUUUGAACAUUGAUGGCGAAUACAUGUUACCUUUGGCGGAGUUACUUGCUUUAGUCCUGCCAAGAACUCCGAGGACUACACUAUUUACAAGAAUGGAAAAGAUGAAAGUUCGCAGGCAUUUCUGCCAACCUGAAGAAAUCAAACUGCUCAAAACAGUCAAUGGCAUACAUGGUUCGUCGGCAAACUGCACGUUGAUUUCAAAGACAGAAGUUGAUAAAUAUUGCUCGAUGUAUAUCGACGAUUUGAAUGAAAGGAGUGAAAGAAAGUGUUCGGAGGAUUUUACGAACGAAUCGGAAAUCGCUGGUAAGGAACAUAGUGUUGAAAACUACGGUGCCAAAGAUAUGGAAUCGGCCUACCACGACAACACUAAAAUCCAGAACAAAUUAACAGUUCUUCAUAAACAAAAAAGAUCUUCGCCGCUGAAAGCUAAGUUAAAGUUGACCAAAAUCUGUAACAGCGUGAAACUGAAAUCGGCGCUUUCACCCGAUAGCCAGUGUACACAAACGUCAACGGAUAAUGCUAGACUCGCGGCCAUUGACUCACAUCUUUGUUCUACAAACAGGGAAGGUUUUGCUGCAGUUUCGUCAGAACUGCUGUCGUCGUUUCAGGCGAAAAGUCCUUCGUUGCUCAAAUGCGAUAAACUUAAUACCAAGAAGCGUGACAGGAAUUUUAUAAAUUCACAAACAGACAAAAAGAAGAAAUUGCGUCGGCUAAAGAAAAGGCCGUCAAGUGAUGUGCAAGGCAAGCAGGAAUUUGGUGAAUUUGAAUCGCCAUUAAAAAUUCCCAAGAGGAGUGAGUUGAAUACGCGUGAACAAGACACUGACAAAAUAAACGAACAUUGUCCGUCCCGCUCUUCACGUUGUUCGCUUACUUCGCAGCCCUCUCAGAAGCAAGAAUUAGAUUGUUUUAUUUCUGAUUCGUCGUCCAACGACAGCGGCUUUGCAUCGACGGUACUUUCAAAUGCAAGUUCGCCGACGAAGAAGGAUUUUAUAACUGAAGACUUAAGCGAGCUACGUAAAAAGGAUAAAGAAGCUACAAAAAAUGGCGAGCAUUCAUCGCCGCGCACAAAGCUCCCGAAACUUAAAACGCCAACGAAAAAUGAAAUCAAAAGAGAUGACGGCAACAGUUUAACUCUAUCGCCUCCAGCCCUGUUACUAAAACGGUACGAGAAUUCAUGGCAAGUGGAACAAAAAAGCCCCGUUAAAGAGGCAACGGACUGCUCGCAUAAAAGCAUUUUGAAAACUGAAGACAAGGGCGGAUCAACUGCUCUUGUUGAGGAAGCUUGCGGUCAAACGAAACAAGUGCGAAAAAGGAGAAAAAGAAGGAAACCGCUAAUUUCUCAAGAGGUUUCACUGAACGUCAGUGAUUCACUCAACAGAGUAAAGCCAAACAGUGUGAGUGUGCAUAAGAAGAAGAUAGCUAAGAGAGAGCAAAAAGCUAAGCUUAUCAUUCGAGGCGGAGAGCGAACAUGUUUGAAUGGGGAAGUUAUCGGCGCCGCAAAAAAGUGUAACUUUUUGACCGCAAAAGUAAAGAAAUCAGGGAAACAAGCACAAGAAAGGUUAGCUCCAGAUGACCAAUUAAAUACAGACAAACAGAGUAAAGAUGACCUGUUGAAGAAAAACGCUGUUCUUGAUAGAAUUGUCGGAGACGCGUUGGCCAAAUUUUUCGGCCCCAAACCAAGCUCUGUUUCUCCUGAAUCCUCGGAGAGCCAGGAACCAGCAAAACUCAAGCCCAUAAAAACAAAGGUUGCUGGACCCGCAAAACCGUGUUUACAAACCAACAGCAAAUUUAAGCUUUUAAAUUUAUUUCCCGCGACUUCGCAACUGGGCCUUGAGAAUGGCAGCUUAUGCCCUGUUUUUACAAUGUCUUGCCCAAGAGGCUUUCAACCACCGUCGUCACAUCCUUUAUGGAACUGGCGACUUGGCGGGCCAGUUUUUCGUGAGUCGACGCAUAAAUUUCUUAAACCAAAACCAGUCUCGAAUCCUAAACAGAAGUUUGUGUGCGACAAGGUGCGAAAAAUAAAACGAAGGCGCCGGAGGAAGAAAAAGGUAGCAGUGUCACUGUCGGCGUUAACGAACAACUUGACCGCAGUAAUCCCCGUUCCAAAUGUUCUGGCAAAUCACUCUAAUUCUGCCUCAAAAGCGACCGAGAAGAUCGCUUGUGGUAACGGUGACUUAAAACCAACCAUUUGCGUUGCAGCUUCGAACACUGUUUCUUCCGAGUCUGAAAUAGUAGUAAGUUAGCUUCUCGGUAGGAAAUAAAGCUAGAAUCAUUAAAUUUCAUUAAAGGCAUUCGGCUAAAAUCAGCUUGUGGCUCUCUUUCAAGCGGUCAAAUCAAAAGUUUUUCAACCGAAGUUAAUAACUAAGCAUUAUCUAGCACGAUUUUUUUUCUCAGUUUAGUCAUAGGUUUCUCGACUCAGUAAAAAUUUCAUUUAGUUUGUGAUUUAUUAUUAUCAUGGCGAGAACUUCCUCUUUUAUACAGACACUGCGUACAGUUUGGUGCUUUUUUCGGCCAAUAAAACUUUGAAUUUGCUUUUAUAUACAUUCGCUUCCGUCCGUAACAGUUUCGCUUUGUAAGGCCGAUUCAUUCAAGGCACUUUAACAUCGUUGUGCUUUACUAUUCGUAUCUGCUUUGGGUUCAGUAAUAUCACAAUUCCGAAACGUCAUCCCUACACACACCAUAUAACCAUGAUGGUUACAACUGUUCACUACAUGUUUGCGAAAGAGCUGCACAUGAAAAUAUUUAUUCUAAAAUAUGCAGGAUCACGCUUUAAAGCUUAUCCACAGCUGGUAACAGUAACUUCAAGUUAUUGCACCUGGUGGAGUUUUAUUGGCACUUAAAGAAACUAUAUCGUUCACUAUCUUCAAGAAGUGAGAACUAUUUUUGCAAGAUGUACUGUGUUAAAUAUUUUGCCAGUUUCUUUUUGUAUUUCCAGUUCUUGUUUGUACUGUCUCCUUUCGUUGGAUUUCUUUGCAUUUUCACUUAGUUUCGUCCACGCUAUUUUUAUUUUCCUUUGAUUUAAACAUGGAAGUUGAAUUUUCUCUUGAAAUGCUACUCCAGCAAUAUGCCUUAAGGAUCAUAGCAUAAACAUUUCCUUUGAAAUCAUUUAAAGUUUAGUGAUACAUCAUUGUAGAUCCCUACAGUAGAUUUUUGUUUCUCUCCUUUAUAAUACAUAUAUGCUAUAAGGGUAAAUAAAAUAUUAUUAUUGAUGACUAGUGAUGCUUGUAAGGUCACUUAACAUAUUAAGUGAUAAUGUAGUUGUAAAAUUUGUUGCAGUCAUCAUAAACGGAUUUAAAUCUAGAUUUCUCUCAUAUCCAGACUGCUUUAGUCAGUAAUGUACAUUUGUUAGUUUUUUAAAUCACCACACAUUCCCUCAAAGAAUUUGAAACCAGAUUUUAACUUUUUUUUCAAGGGAGGUGGGUACCCAGAAAGGCUAGAAAUUAGGUGACAUUUACACUGAUGCAUGCCCCAUAUUUUUGGAGUUUGUGCAAGGGUAUAAUUAUUGAGAUAAUUUCUCUACUUUUCCCAGCAAAGUCCUCCUUUUGGGGUUGUUUUGUUGGUGUUGCAGAUGAGUGUGUGUCACCAAAUGAUGUAAUACAAAAGACUGAAAACACUGAACAAUAUCCACUCUACAACAUAGAGGCGAAGCAACAAUGGUUUCCUCAAUACCAACACAAACCCCCCCUUACGACAUAAGCCUUUCCCCCCUCUCAUUCUUUGGCUUUUUAAGGCCUUGUUCCCUUAAAAUAUAAUGAAUGUCCAGCUGAACAAUAUUCACCCCACCAGCUUGUAUUAUAUGGGUAACAUCCUUAUUUGAGUCUAUUAUGUUUUGCAGUCUGUCAGCUGUUCUAAUCCAGCUAUUGCAACUGGGAAAAAUCUGUUACUGCUAAAAUUCAUCGAUAUUUAAGUUAAUUUCAGGUACAUUUUGAUAAUGCUUUUGUGUUAUUUUAACUUUUGAACGUAUCAAAAAAGUUCCAUUGCAUCACCAUGGCAAAUGAAACUUCUUCAGCAGUACUAUUGUUUAUAUUAUUAUUAUUAUUAUUAUUAUUAUUAUUAUUAUUAUUAUUACAGUAGCGUUAUUAUUAUUAUCACUAUUAUUAUUAUUAUCUGGUUUUAAUUCGUUAUGUAUUGCAAGUUGGGACUUCUCAUAAAUCUAAAGAUAUUAGGGGUUGGAGGGUUAAAAUUCGAAGCAGAAUAUUAUUGGUGCUGUCACAACAAAAUCUCUUCUCAUAGCUGAAUCGGGUCUUGUUAGUUUGAGAGACGUUUUACUCCCUCUGUUUGUAAACAAAAAGGAUUCCAAGAUUGAAAAUUUUGCAGUGUUACAAUUCCUUUACAGAAGAAUAACGAAUUAUCAUCAUCAUCAUCAUUAUCAUUAUCAUAAUUAUUAUUAUCAUCACCAUUAUUAUUAUUAUUAUUAUUAUUAUUAUUAUUAUUAUUAUUAUUGUUGUUGUUGUUAUUGUUAUUAAUAUUUUAUUUAUUCUAUUUUUUGUGUGCCUAAAAUGAAAUUAAACCAUGGGAUAUUGUCUGGGUAUCUCACUACUCAUGACGAUUUUGCUUUGUUGACUCACUCCCUAUCCUGCCUCCCGCCUCAUUCCCUAACUCUCCUCCCAAAGGAUGAUAAUUUAGACUUUCAAUUUUCUACCCCUUAUAUUGUCUCUGGACUUUGAUCUUAUUUAUAAGACGUGAGUUAUGGCACUACCAGUUCACUUGAUAAAAAAAAAAAAAAAACGAACAAAUAUGUAUUAUGUUUGAUGUGACCACUUAAUACUGGUCGUCAAACGUUGUAAUAGCCGACGAUUCUUUCAAAAAUCUAUCACCAAAAAGUUGACUGUUCUUGAAAUGUCAGAAAAGUGUUUUUGUUGUCAGUUAACAGCGGUGAUUACUUUGCAGAAGAAUAACAGGGUAAUUGACUUCAAAUGAUCCCUACAUGCAGAAGCCCAUGACCCUGUUUUCUGGUUGAAUAGCCACGCGUAGCAGUGGGACGGAAAAAGUUUCGCGGACGCGCGUGCCCAGGGGGGAGUAUACAGGGGAGCCUUCCUCCCCCUUCACGUGUUUCACUCGAGCGCUCUAUGAAAGAGUCUAUAAAAACUAACGGAAAAACUAACAAAUGAGAUCUUUUUACUUAAAAAAGGUAACACGGCCACUAACUAAUGAGAUCUUGUCACUAAAAAAGGGAACAAGGCCAAUCAGUAGCCCGUUGCAAGCAAAACAUGUACUGCCACCCGCCAGUAAUACAUUCUGUUCGCGAAAACGUUUAUACGGCUCGCAGAGAUGUUUCAAAAUGUAUUUUUUCGGCGGCUGAUUUAAUGAAAAAUCCUGUAGUACGCUGGCAGACGCAUUUCCGGUCGUCGCUUCUCUCCCUGGGGAGGGAGAGAAGCGACGACCGAACUUUAUGCGUUUGCUGUUCGCAGGCUACCUAGUCUCCUUCGCAGCCGUUAUAAGGGUCGUCACUCGUCACGCAACGCUCCUCCCCACUAGUUAGUGGGGAGGAGCGUUGCGUGACGAGUGACGACCCUAAUAACGGCUGCGAAGGAGACUACAGGCUACCUGGGUAGUAAACGUUCGAGAAAGGAAAACCCUGGACCUCACAAAAAAUAAAACUGAAAAGUGGCAGACUAUACACGAUUGACGAUGAUGAGAAUUGCGGAAAUACAAAUAUGAUCAUCGCAGUGGUAAUUGCAGUUGCAAAUAAACCCGAAAAAAAAAUUCAGUUUUAUUUGCAAUUGCUUAAAUUGCAAUUGCGACGAUCACAUCUUCAUAUAAAAUUUGUCUUUCCACAGUUCACAUUACCUUAAUGUUUCAUUCCUUUCACUAGUUAAGAUGAACCAGAAACUCAUAACCACUUAUGAGUUUCUCGAUGAACUCAAUAAAUUGGCCUGGUCCCAAUGUAUGGGCCUUCAUAGCUCAAAUGGUAACACCGUAAAAUUCCGAAAAUAAGCCCCGGGGCUUAUAUUUUUCAAAGGCCCUUUUUGAGGAGCUUAUUUUUGGAGGGGCUUAUAUUCGGAGGGGCUUAUCUACGGAGGGAAAUUUUCGUUUCAAAAUCAAUUGGGCUAGCCUUAUGGUUGGAAGUAAAUUUACCGUUUUUGUGUUGUUUUACUUUGUAUUUGAGGGCAAUUUUCCAAGUGCAAGCCCCCGGGGGGCUUAUAUUUGGAGGGGCGAUUUAACGGAGGGUUUUUUGCGUUACCGGUUUGGGGGCUUAUAUUUGGAGGGGCUUAUACAUGGAGGGGCUUAUUUUCGGAAUUUUAGGGUAUCUAACUAGCAAAAGUUCAUUUACAGUAGGAUGCCUAAAAUGAGUACAAUUCUACAGUUUCGGCCGAAAACAAUUUCCACUAAAACAAUAAGGAGGCGGUUAAAAGAUUUCCAAAACGGAAGAAAAAAAAAAAAACAGGAAGUUUCUGAAAUACACGAUUGUUUGUCACAAUUGAUGUUACGAUUAUCAUGGUCAAAAAUAUAUUGUUCUGGUAUGGUCAUGACGUACGCUAAACUGAACUGUGUUAAGGUCUUUGUUUAUAUUAUUACUAUGGAUAUAUUGUAUGUAACGAUCAUUAUAUUAAAUGGAUUAAAAAGAUAUUUUUGUCAACGGCCUCCAGAUUGGAUAAGUACGUAUAAAACGACGUAUAUAUCAGGCAAAUCGUUCUUUUUUGCGUCGCCCCUGUGUGGACUGUCGCGAAAACCGUGAACUCGCGGCAAAUUUGUGACGUCACGAGCGAACAGAACCAAAAAAUUAUGGUUUUCCGCGCAGGCAGUUACGCGUGUAGAGUGCGUGGGAGUAUUUUUAAACGAAAUGAACGCGUCAUUCUUUACGAUUGCUUCUCUUUCAUUAAAAAUUACCUAAAUUGCCACCUCUAGUUGAAGCACGCUGUCAGAUAUCGAAAACAGCUACUUUAAAGGGGGAUAUAGAAAGAGUUAUUGGGGUACAUUGUUUGAUCAUCCCCAGAUGCUAUUCAAAAUUAAGUCAAUAAGACAGAAUGAUAAUACUCUUUCGAGAUAAAAAAAUAUUAAAAUCCUCCCUUUUUGUAUAAUUGCCAUGGAUGUCAUGUCCUUUUUCUUUUCUAUUUUUUCCUUUGGUUUGAUUUUGCUGCGUUGUUUUUUGCGUGAGUGUGCGAAAAACUUUUUCACGAUUUCUUGAGGCAAAAUUACCCUUGGUCUCUUGUGGUGACUCAAGAAUAUCAUGUUGACGAAUAAGGAAGUUUUGAGUAGGCGUUUAUGUAUGUAUUCAUUCAAAAGUGUACAGAUGGUCGCGGGAUCGGGAAUACAUGAUUUAUUGCGUUCUGAUUGGUCAGAAGAACAAUGGUUGAUCGACAAUUUCCGACAAUACCUAAACAUCCGGGGAUUCGAGUUCACUUUUGUUGAUGGCUGAUAGAAAGACAGUCAUGGCGAGUUCCGUGGUGGUAGUUUGUCAUAUAUUUUAACCAUGAAACUUUUUCUCCUUUAUUAAAAUCAAAUGGAAUUCUAUGGAUUCGAAAAACCUAAAGUUUAUCUUUCUUAUCGUGGUUCUAAUCCUGGACUAUGGACAUCUUAGUGAUUCGCCGGUGGCCGGUAAGUUUCUGUUCAACUUUAGACCAGUUGCACCCCUCUUGCGAUCAAAGAUUCGAGAACUCUUGAUUUUCAAGGAUGAAAAGUACACUCAUUUAUAUUUGUGCUUUGUAACUUUAGGUUGCCUCACUUCGAGUGACUGUGGCUAUGGCCAAUACUGCGAUGAAUGUGAGUAAAUGUUCAGUUAUUGAGACGUUUUAUUCGCGUCCUUGUUUUAAUAUUCUUGGUCUUUGAUCGCCAACCUCGAUCCAUGUACCAAACUGUUUGAGUAUUCUGCGGUCACCUGGUAGAUCUAUAAAAAUCAAGAACAUUUUAUUCUCAAUGUCAUAUGCUUCUAUGUUAUUAUAAAUUGUUCUCUAAGAAUGUGAAGCAGGUUCUAGUGACUUUCAUGAAGCUGUUUUUGACGCGCUUAUUGAUCGGCGUCGAAUUGGUUCCAACAUUUUGAUUAAUUUCGUUCUGGCUGGUUUGAUUUGAAUGUGCUUCCCGCCUGAACGGAAUACAUUUUCUUUUUCCUUAAAUUUUAACAACAUAUCACCAUUAUUUUAGUGACAAAUUUCUCUCGUAUUUUCACUUACGAGGUCCUAUUUUUAACGCUGUAAGAUAUUUAACUUUAGCCUGAAUACCAAAUAGUUGAAUACCUCACGGGUUCAAAGCGAUCGUUCCCGAAAAUUAUAAAUUUGCAUAUGUUUUAACCGUAAACGGUAGUUUAGUAAAUAACUAUAAUAUCAGGGCUUUUUGCUUUAUUCAAUAUUCUUUGUUCGUUAUUUUGCAUGUCUAAUUCCUUGAUCUGCAAACAUAACAUGUCGCACAAAAAUGUAUCUGAAAAUUCGACGUUCUUUGCUCGACAGAAGUUGAGCAUAAUCGUUGAAGCAGAACUUGGUUUACAUUCAAACAGUCUUCGGGCGUUAUCACAGCAAUCUUUGUCUCAUUGUUUACUUGAAAGUACAUGUUCGUGUAAUAUCUCGAUUAAAGGAUUUCUUCCUUUAUUGUAUGAAAAGUAGCACUCGUAGCAUUUUAUGAUAAUUUACACACCAGCUUACUAAACCCAGUUAUUCCCAACAUGUCUUCCCUAGAAACCAUUUUUGAGUUUUAAGAAUUUGUCGUUCUUUGUAGACUCAGUAAAAAAACUAAAUAACGAUUAACCAAAAAAACUAUAUUUGAUAAUUUUCUUAGCGGCUUAUUGAUUAUGCGAUAUUGCUCCCCUUCUUUAUGAUGUUCUCGUUUCUUACAACAUGGUCGUCUGGCAGGUUCACACGGCGGCUUACACCUUUUUUUGCUUUUUUUCCACACUACUGAACCAUGGAAAUACAAAUAGCAAAAUUAAAUUCAGCAUUUUAGAUCACUGAAUGUAAGGAAAUCCUUUUUUACAUUGUACAAAAACUAGACAAAUCUAAAAACGGUAUUAAUUCAGCCAGAAACCGUGCGAAAAAAAACAAAACAAAAUUUGUGAACAAUUGUACACAAAUAGUACAUAAUUGGCAUAAUAUACUGAACUUAUGGAGACCUUAGGGUGCCUGUUUUUUGGUGAUAAGGGACAACAAGAUCUUCCAAACACUCAAGACAGGGAAAUCUGUCAAAUCACUGUGUUUCCUCUUGUGUAAUUUUAGAUUAUGGCCAUCCCCAUUUUUUUUCCGUUUAGCGUCGAAUGCGUUUCCUGAUAUUGGGUCGGUCGGUCGGAUUGAAAAAAAAAAACCUAAAAAAAAAUCACAAGAAGUCUCGGAAUAUGAGGCCCUAGUACCCCAGAAUGACGUUAAAAGUUAACAUUUACAUAUUUCGAUUAACAAAUGCACACUAGCUAUACUGUUAAAAAAAUGGUCCUGUUUUUGUUCCUGUAUUUCUCCACACUAUCCUGUGCUCAUUUUUCAGAUUAAAAGAAUUAUUUCAAGUGAAAAAUGGUUUAACUAGGUCGUUACUUCUUUUUUUUUUUUUGAAAAUGCCAAAAAUCUGAGGCAGUCGGACGACGCUAAACGGAGAAAAAAAAAAGAGGAUGGCCUAUGGAAAUUGCAAUGUGAAUAAGAAACAAGAGAAAAGAAAAAUGAAAUGAAAGAAUAUUCAUUGCAGCCUAUUGUGGCACAUGUUGCUUUCAUUCUCAGACAUCUUGAAAGUGGCAUUCAUUUGAGGAUUUACAGAGAAACUGAUAAAACUGAAUGGUUUUUCUCAUUUUUACUGUCCCUGUAUGUUGCAGAUUUGUGUAAGAGAGAAGUAGCUGGCCGACAAGGUAGGAUCUAUCCUAGUUUUGUAAAAUUAAAAAAAAAAAAACAUUUGCUUGCAAAUAAAAUUUUAUGCAACAAUUGAACUAGUUAAUUUAAUUUUCCCAUCACGUGACAGUGCUCCAAGCUCAGUUUUUUUCAAAGUCACCUUUUGGCGACCUAAAAUUAUAAAAUGGUUGCCAGACAUAAUAUAUUGGUCGCCAUAAAAAAAAACACAUUUGGUGUAAUUUUACAUGAAGGUUUAUACUGCCGACCACAUUGAUUACUGGAACUUCAUUUUUCGCGUGUUACAUGUGAAGGUGUUCCGAGUUGAUCCUAAGGUAAGCUGAUGUGGAUUUCUGAAACAGUUUCCUUCCGUAGAAUUGGUUCAUAUUUUUGCCAAGUUUCAGCAGCUUUUUCUGUAGCAAAUGGAUCUCCAGCAGCAGAUAAAGAAACCUUAUACACCUUGGCUCACGACUGCUGAACGCAGGUCGCCAAAUUGGCGACUUUAGUUACAAGUUUAGUUGCCAUCUUUUUUUAACACUGUACUCGCCAUGAUGACCAAAAUGGUCGCAGCUUGGAGCGCUGUGUGAGGAGAGUUUGGGAGCAUGGAACUGAGGAUAAUGUUUUGAAAUUUGAAUCUAAAUGAUGCCCUGUUUUUGCAAUUCUGCUAAUGAAAAUGAAGCAUAAAAAAACAUUUUCUUGUUGGUCUGCAGCUGACAGUUUUGAUUCAGGGCUGUGCUAUAGCAGAGCCCAGAGGCCCCUGGCGCCUAACUUUUGUUCUUGGGUGACUAGAAAAUCUUAGUUUUUUCAUACAAAUCAUAUGCUAGGCACCCUAGAUUUUACAGUUUUAGAGCACCAUGUUCUCUUCUAUUUUCCUUAGAGCACAGCCUUGUGAUUAAUUGACAGUUAAGAGCAAACCAUGAAAGAGAAUGUAAGGGUGCUGCUAAAAUUUGGCCUGAUCACGGGUUAAAUUACAUCGAGACUUGAACUCAUGAUCUCUGUAUUACAUUCCCUAUGUACAAUAUUAUGAAUCACUCAAUCAUAUCUUUGCAUUACUGAUUUUUUCAUUGUAGAUUAUCCAUCUUAUGGCAGAGGAGAGAUACCAAGAAGAAUAAGUUCCAAUGAGUACUAUAAUUCCAACUAUCGGGAAGAGUUUGAUAACAGGGAUGACAUCAGACUUGAUCAACCUGAUAAUUCAGAAUGGUAUGCAGUUGAGAGUGACUAUGAUCGCAGAAAGGAGGGGCGGAAUUUAGGACCAUUUUUUCCAGUUGAAGAUUUACCUUCUGACAGGAGAGUUCUUGACGCUGAGUCAUUGCCCCCUAUUGGGGUUGAAAACUGGGACAAAAUUAGUAUUGGUGUAAAGCAUGGUACUAACAAACAAUCCAACCGAGAUGAAUACAAAAGUCUUCCUUAUGAUUACAAUAGUUUGAAAGCCCCGAAACAUAUACGACAAAAAGAGGAUUCUGGUUCUAAAUCUGCACAAAGUGUUGGUCACAGAAGGGAUUCCUCUAAAAAUAAGAAUGAAUUUGUAGACAAGAGUCUUAAAGAUUCUUUAGGUGACAAUGUAGACUUGGCUUCCAAAAAAAGUGAAAUAAUGCAGGCAGAAGACAAUGUCAGAAGCUUCCCUGUAGAUAGCGAAAAGAAAAUUCCACCAGUCCCAUUAACUAGCGAAAUAGCACCGGACCAUGAUAAUUCUGGUCUCCAAGACAAUCGCAUGCAAACUGAAAAGCAGGCUUCUUCCGAAGGAAGGAGAGAAGAAGGAAAAGUCAUGGUGAAGGGCAAGGUAAAGAAGGUGAAGGCGGACGUAGUCAUCGAUCAAGGGCCUAAUCCAGAGAAGACUUAUAAACGUGUUGAGGAUUUUUUUCAAAGCCAGAGGGAGAGCUCCAUAGUUGAAGUUCCUAAUUCAGUCAAGAAGGAAGAGGCGUCAAAGCUGUACAAGGAUAAUUUUGUUCCAGUGAAGGAUGAUGCCAGUGAUCAUGUCAGCAAGGAACAAGGUGAGAAGACUCAUGAUUAAUGGAUAUGUCAUUGGCAUUGAACUAUCUUUCUUUAAGAUGGGCUCAAUAUGGUCUUAACUCUGGAAAAAUCUCACAUGAACCUAAUGUAGUGGCCUUAUAGCCAGAUUUCAAGUGACAGGGAUGAUUGAAUGGCGGCAAAAAUCAAAACCCCCCAAAAAAUCCCUGGACCAAAAUUUAACCCCCAAAAAAUCCCAUGCCGAAUUUCGGAGCCAUAAAAAUAUAUUCACGGAUUUACGCGGCCGGGAUACGCAGGAACUAUCACGAAUCUUCAGACUGUUUUGAGUACCCAAAAAAAUCCCUACUUAAAUCAAGCUAACCAAAAAAAUACUUGCCAAAAUUUUUUCAACCCCAAAAAAUACAGAAAUUGAAAAUCUCAACCUCCCCAAAAUUCCUUCAAUCAUCUGUGUCACUUAAAAUCCGGAGUACCCCACUGGGCUGGUCUCCUGCUCCAUAGGUUAGUGGUAGAGCAUCUGGCCUAGUAACCCUGAAGGUCAUAGGUUUGAAUACUAUUGGCAGUAAUCCAGGGGCAUAGCCAUGCCAGCCCAGAGACCUUUAGGCCUGUGCUUACAAAUUUUUGGUUUAAUCACUCUGCCGCUUGUAAUAAAUUAUGGAUUGUUGGGGUGAGCUAAAAAUCUUAAGAGCUCAAGGUGUUGGUGAGAUCAGUGCGUAUUAGUCAUGCGUGUAAUUUUCAGGAUAUGUGGAAAUGAAAGUCAGCCAGGCCUCCAACAAGUCAAAAAAGUAGGCUACCCCCCCCCUGUACUGAAUCCUAUUGGGAGUACAGUGGAACCUUGAUGUAACGAAGGGCCAAGGGACUGGCGAAAUUUUUCUCGCUAUAACGAGGUUUCAUUAUAAAGAGGGUUUUUUUCAUAUAUUUUGCUAUUACCGGGGUAAAGAAAAUAGUUUGUCAUACUAAGGAUUUGGUUAUAUUGAGGUACAUCAUAUUGAGGUUACACUUUAAUCACUUAAUGAGAGCAGUGGAUUUCCCUCCAGCUUACAUGAGCAUGACCCUUAGCUUAACUCUCAAACAUUGUUGAAAACCAAUGGAAAAUAAAAACCAAAAUAGGCCACGCCCAAGCUGUUCAAUACUUGAAAUCUUACUAAUUGCCCACCUAAAGGUGAAAAUGAAUUCUGCAGCUUCAUUGGGAAGGCUGUUGUUUGCAUUUUUAAAGUUUAAUUCUAUGUAUGGAGUGUUAUAACUGUUGUCAUAACUUAUUUCAUCUUCUUUUGCAGCUGAUUCUGAUAAUUUAAAAGAAGGCAACAUCAAAUUGUCAAUGAAUCAGAAGUAAGUUCUCCUCCCCUUACACUUCUACUUUCUGAUGAUACAGGUCAUGUAAGUUUACAGCCGUGAGAGAUUCUACAAUCAGGAACAAAAUUAGUGGAGACACUUCUCCAUUUCUGAUGUUUUGCUGAAAAGGGGAAAAUGAUGCUUUUUCUCCCCCACCCCUUCCAUGCAAAGUUGUGCUGCUGUUUGCUACCUGUAGGAAACAACCAACGCUCCGUCCUUUAAUGGAUGGGAGGGGAAGGGGUGUGGAUUGUUUUGUUCUCUGAAGUUACCCAAUUUGAGGACAGUGUCUCAAUGAUUUUAUCGUCGAUUGUAACAUGCCUUAGAUCUGAUCUUUCAGUGAGGCAGACAACUACAGUCAAACCUUGCUUUGCAAACAUCCUCUUAAUACCAACACCUCAUUAUUAUGGACAGUUUGCUUUGUCCCCGGGGAAAGAAAGCCCUUACUUUUUCUCUAAAUCCAACCUGCUUAAUAUGGAUAUCCCAGACACUAUCUAUGGCCCCCUCAAUGUCCUAUUUAACCCAUUAAGCCCCAAUAUACCCAUACAAAUUCUCCAAACUGACCUCCAUACAUUUCUUUAAAGAAUGAGUUGAGAGAAUUUCAUAAAAGAUCAAUGCAUUGUCACUUUGGUGAUCAUUUUAUCAAUUCUCAUAACCUUUUCUCUUGACAAUGUAUGGACAUUGUUAAGAGAAAAUUGAUGUUGGUCACCAUUGGGACUCAAAGGGUUAAUGGGGUUUGACUGUAGAAUGGAAAAAGAAAUAUAAAAGACAUGCAGUCUCGUUCGACCAUUAAAAACCUAAAGGAUGUCCCUAAAUUAGAACACUCAUUAAUGCCCAGUAGGUCCUGCAGUCCAUUAUUCUUGUAUCCAUAUCACUACUGGUGAUUGUUUCAGUAUGUUACACUAUACAGCUUACGAUACUUUCUCAUGCAUGCUUCCUCACAACCUCUGUACACUCUAAAUCUAUACAGUGUAACUGCAGCCCAGGCCAAAAUAGUCGCAGCCGCACUUCAGAAUGCCCUUUGGAACUCUGCGCCAUCCCCUAUGUUUACUGUGAUAAAGUAAGCUAAUGAUCAUGAUAUAAAGAUAAUCUGUCCAUUUUUAACACUNCCAUUAUUCUUGUAUCCAUAUCACUACUGGUGAUUGUUUCAGUAUGUUACACUAUACAGCUUACGAUACUUUCUCAUGCAUGCUUCCUCACAACCUCUGUACACUCUAAAUCUAUACAGUGUAACUGCAGCCCAGGCCAAAAUAGUCGCAGCCGCACUUCAGAAUGCCCUUUGGAACUCUGCGCCAUCCCCUAUGUUUACUGUGAUAAAGUAAGCUAAUGAUCAUGAUAUAAAGAUAAUCUGUCCAUUUUUAACACUAAUUUUUCCAUCACCUCAGUAACUUUCUUAAGUAACACAGCUGAAGAUUCAAGAUCCUCGUGGCCCCUAAAAUAAUGUUUCAUAGGGGUGGCCAGUUCCUCAUUGUUAGUUACCAGGUUGUUGCACCCUUCAGAACUAUUAGUUUUGUUUUAACUGAAACUAACAGAUAGCGUGCGUUACAAACAUCGGAUAAUUUUAUGUGCUAAAGUAAACUAAGGGGACGAUAGGUGGGACCAUAAUAAAAUUAAAGAAUCGACCAAAAAAGACUGCUUCAAAUACAAUAUUUCAUAUUGCAACAUGAGUUUAAACAAACAAGAUCUUUAAUUGGACGCCCGCCACUGUGACAGAUUACUCUUAACAUUGUUUUCAAAAAUUUAUGUCUUCAGAGAAAUCUACAUGUAGUUGACAACGUGGUUACUAAUUUAGAGGAUUUGGUCAUCAAUGCAACACAGAAUUAUUCUACGAUGCUCAUGUGUUAUUACAGUGUUAGCUGUUUAUAUUAACAGAAUGUUUGCUUGUGUUUUCAACAGGGUCAACAAUGCAGAAGUGAAGCUUAAGAUGGCACAAACACAGUACACGCUUGAAGAGCCCAGGGCUGUUGCCGAAAGGAUCAAAAAAGGUAUUAGUUCAAAUAGACUUUAGUUUUUGAGUGCUACACGCUAAAGGACCAUAUAGUGAGCCGUUAAAUCUUUUUUUAAAAUUAUUUUUGAAACUUUGUUUGUGGUAAUAUCUUUUCAGAACCCAGUGUGAAGGAUGAAGUUGCACGGAAUAGUGGCCUAAAGAUCAAGGCAGCUGAUUAUGAAGAUACUCCAGUAAGUCUUAAAUUAGUACCCUGUACAACCACUUAUGUCAACUUGUUCUUUCAAUGGCCCCUCCCCCCUCCUCCUCUUUAACCUCCCUUGCAAUUGGACAUAGUGCAAGAAAGUUAGAGAGAGGAGUAAGGGUUUGGGGUUGUGUUGUCGGGGCAUUAACCCUAUAGCAUUGUUUUUUUCUAUGGACUGUUCUCCAUAAAUUUCUUAUGACCUUAAUGAGGAAUAAGUCCUUCCUUUAGUUGUCAACUUCUUUUAUUUUUGGGAGCUUUGUGCUUGAUGUACCAUAUUCAUGCAAUAAGUUAGGAGAAAUAAUAUACAUUGUUAUGUUGGGUACUGCUAGGUUUUAAGGAGAAUUGAACUGCUAAGGGAUUUACAAAAAAAAAAAACAGUGAAAUGUACCUUGACUUGAGUUUGAGUUGAUUAACUACAAAUUGAGCCAAUGGGAAAGUGAACUUAGUUUGAGUUAUUAGGGGGUUUAGGUGAAGAAGUCUCUAUGGUAACCUUAGAGCCUAUUUCAUUGUUUUAGUCUUUUACCAACAUUUUUUUCCUUCAUAGUAUUAUAUGUUAAGCCCUAAAAGUUAUUAUUUUUAGCUCUAAAACCUACACUUAACAAAGAUUAAUUUGAAGAACUUUUAAAUAUUUUCAAACCUUUCUGCUUGGAUAUUUUUCAAGAACUACAGGUUGAACAUGAAUCUAUUGUGUGAUUUUGUGUAACUCAACAAAACUUAAAUUUUACUUUAAAGAACAAGCUAUUUAAAGUAUUCAUCAAUCAGUUACCAUAUAUGGGAAUAGCUCAUAAACUAUUCAAGUGCUGUCAUAUGAAUUAAUUAUGAAUUUAGCAGAAAGCUUUCAUUUCUUAUUGUGAAUAAUACAUCACAAAGAAGCCUGUCAUUGACUGAAACACUAUUACUGCCUAGUCUUAGUGAAGAAUAAGACUUAUGUGCUAAAUUUAUGUGAGUAUUUUUGUGUAGUUCAAUUGAAUUUAUUUUCUUCCUUAUUGAAAUUCAACGAGGUGUAAGAUGUGUUUUUUCUAAUCUUGAUUUCUUUUGACAUCAAUAGAGAAAUCCUCUUCACAAUAAUUAUUGUAAUUUUCCCAAUCCUUGGUAUUAUUUUUUAUACCAUGCUUUUUCCACAUCUUAAACAAGUGUUUCCUUCCUAGGCAAUUGUGAAACAGGUUUUUAAUUUCAGUUUUAACUUGUUUUUUGUUGUGUGAGCGAAGAGACUUUUGUUGGAAAUUUUGUUUCUAUUCAAAGAUGAAUUUAGAGAUCAUGAUGUAAAUCAGAGAAAUUUAGUUUUAUUCACUACUUUUAUAAUAACUUUAAUUAUUUAAUUUUUAAGUUUAAAGUGUUUUUUGAACAACACUGUAAUUUUUCUUUUUUAAAAUAUAAGAUUAUAUAUUAUUAUCUAAUUUCAAACUGAUUUACAAGAUUUUUUCUCACUAUUUAGUUCAGAUUAAUCUCUCGUAGUUUUUGUCUGCUAGAUUUUUAAUUUUCUCGAUAUGUUCUUCUGAACACUGGAACAAAGCAUUAAUUUAUUCCCUCACUCAAAGGAUCAACCGUCUUUUCACUUUCCAAAGAAUUUCAGAUAAUCAGGGAUUUCACCAUAUUCAGCUGCCUCUGUUUUUGCUGCUUUGUCAAAAAAAUUUCUGAGUCAUACAUGUACACUGUUUACAAGUAGCCAUUACGACACCUAAAGAAGGAUCAUGAGGUUAUUCCUAUAUGAAGUUCUCUCCUUACAGGCAACUCACCCAGCCAAGGAGUGGUUACCCACACCACUGACCCAAGCCACUGGGGUCUAGGGCCCCUACCUUUUUUAAUUUGAACCGUGCUGUGGGUUCUUUUACCUCUCACAAGAACCAUAUAAGUCAAAGUGCUGUGGGACAGGACCCUUUUGGUCAGAAAGACUCUGUGUCCAAAUUCUAAUGGAAAGUGCUUCUUUAUUACUUGCAGAGCAAAAAUGUGAAAAGUGGACGGCCUAAGACGUCAGUGGAAACACAGCAGCCAAAGUAUUUCCUUAUCACUAUCAUUGUUGUUGGUUGUGUGACCGGAGUUGUGUUGACAGCAGUUGCAAUUUACCUGAUGAUGAGAAGGUAUGACAGCCUCAUCCUUCUGGAGAGCAAAGGGUACUAGAAAGCUUAAGAAACCACAACAACGAAAACGUCAAAAAAACAAUUGGUUCUUUUAGCAAAACAACAGCUCUGCACAUGCAUCACGCUGUUUAGUGCAUUUCCUUGACAUCCACUGCACGACUACACCCUGACAUUUUAUAGAGGAAGUGAACAUAUGACAGACAGGUCUUUUCCUUCUCUUGUUUUGAACCUUGAUAAAGUCCUUCAGAAUUCAACUCCAGGAAAAAUCACCUUCAUUUGACAAAUCGAAGGGGUUUAUGUAGACACAAUUAAGUUUCAAAGGGCACAUUUUUUUUGUUUUCACUGCUGUCAUCGUUGUUAUUGCUUAAGCUCCCUGCUUCUAAAAGUACAACCCUGAAAGUGUUUGUUGUGUCUAUCUGAAUGGGAUUUUCAGUGUCCCAAAUGUCUCUGAAAGAGGACAAGAGACAACAUCAAGUAUUCAUCAAUCUGCCAUGUUUAAUGCCCCAGGAUUCUUACAGUGCGCAUGUCUUAAUGUAAAACUAUGAACAUAUUACACUUGAAGGGUCAAAGUAAAACUAUGAACAUAUUACACUUGAAGGGUCAAAGUUUAAUAACAACAAAGCUCGAGGGCUUCCAGCAUCUAAAUCACUUUCCCUUUGUUAGUGCAAAUAAGAUUGACUGCUACUGCUCAAAACAUCAGCUUUUGAAUCUGUCUUUCUGUCGGCAGUUCAACUCGUGAAUAUCUUUUUAUAAGCCUAAUUUUGUUUUUGUUUCUUCUAUUUGUACAAUACCAUCCACCAUCCAUUCUUUGUUUUUAUUGGGUAACCCUCAUUGUUUUUCAAAUUUUUUUGUCAGGCACAAAGAAACAAAGGGUUUCAAGCCAGUCACUCUUCCUGGUCAGGAAGCCGCUGCAGACUACCAGGUAAAAUGAUUUGAACCAUUAAUUUACCCAUCCAACAGAAGACAAAGAUGUAUUGGAGAAUGCAUUUAUUGUGUUAGUACUGCAAUUAUAAGGACUCUAGCAGCUGUCAAUGAACCCUGGUACCAUACUUUUGUUCUUGGGUGACUGGGAGAAUGGAAAUCUGAUGCAUAGCACCCUGGAUUAUAUGGUUUUUAGAACAUUCAGGGUGCCAGUUAGCACUUUAAGUCCCAAUAGUGAGCUUCAUCAAUUUUCUUUUAACAAUAUCCAUACAUUGUCACAAGAAUUAAUCAAAUGAUCACCAUAGAGAAAAUGCUGUGAUCUUUUAUUAAACUCUCUCAACUAUGUAUGAAUAUCAGUGUGGAAAAUUUGGUUGUGGAUAUUGGGGCUUAAAGGGUUAAUAAUUAUUUUUUUCCAGACAGCCAUGCUCAAAUCAAGGCUGUUCAGGGCCGAAUGGGUUUUAAAAGUAGCUGUAGUAGCACUGUUGUAGCCCACUUAAACAGCCUUGAAAUCUAAUCUAUUUAAAAGGGACCAUUUCACAGCACUUUAGUCCACUUUGUUUGGUUUUGCUAAUCACUGCUAUGAAACUUGAUGUUUGUGAAGAAAUUUCUAAAUUCCAAAAUCACGGUUUUGUCACAAGAUAUGUCUCCUAAGGGUAAUAUUCAAAGGCACCUACAACAGAGAUGAACUUUGAAGAAAUGUUGGGCUGAACUCAUCUUUUUCAAUCCAUUUCAAUCUUCAUUAAUUUAUCCAUCCACGCAUUCUUUUGUACUUGCUGUUUUAUUUGAGUUGUUUGUUUUUUUCACUAAGUGAAAAAAACAAACAACUCUUAAUAGAGUCUUAAUAGAGUUCUAAAGUGAUGACAUCCUAAAAAUUAAAUUUGUGAAAUUAUGGGAUUUGUCAAGAUAUUCUAAAAGAACAAGACACCUACUUGACAAAAAUUAGCAUUUCAGGGCAAAUUGUCUCUGAGAUAUUAGCCCAGUUAUGCUCUGAUGACUCCACACAAAUCCUUCUAAAUUUGACUUGGGUCUAAACAUUCAGACUCAAGUCACAAAUUAAAUUUUUUAUGACGUCACACAUUAGAAUUCAAUUUGGUUGCCAGUUCCUGAUAUCUGAAAUUGGCGAAAUAAUGUGACAUUUAUACAAGAUGUAAGGGUUAAAACUCAUCCUAAAUCAGUCAUGUAUGGGUUUUAAGGGUGAAAGAUUAUGGCUGCAUAGCUGUUUUUUUAACCAGCUUUGUCACUUUUUAUAGGAACUUUGUCGUCAACUGCGUGCCACUCAAGGUUGGGACAGUGCACCUGUAAAGACUACACCCACACAACAUGGUGUUGAAAAAGAAAAGGGACUGGGAAGUGGACGUGCUCCCAAAUACUCCUGGUAUGUAAAACUGUGAAUGCAACUUCCAGAAAUGUAUAAUGAUUCCAGUAAGUUGGAUUUUUUCCUUUUCUUUUCCAAAACCCGGGUGGAAGAAUAAGUUGCCCGGAAUAGUGGCCUGAAAAUCAAAGGCGGUGAUUAUGAAGAAACCCCAGUAAAUAUUAAAAUAGUACCCCGUACAAGCACCUACGUUAACUUGUUCUUUCAAUUCCCCCCCCCCCCCCCUCCUCUUCAACCUCCCUUGCAAUUGGACGUAGUUCAAGAAAGUUAGAGAGGGGAGAAGGGGUGGGGUUGUGUUGUCAGGGCAUUAACCCAAUGGCAAAUUGUUUUUUGUCUCUAGACUAUUCUCCAUAGAUUUCCUAUGAUAUUAAUGAGGAAUAAGUUCUUCCUUUAGUUGUCAAUUUCUUUUAUUUUUGGGAGCUUUGAGCUUGAUGUACCAUAUUCAUGCUGUCAGGGGAAAUAAUAUACAUUGUUAAGUUAGGCACUGCUAGGUUUUAAGGUGAAUUGAACUCCUAAGGGAGUUUUUUUUUAAAAAAAUAGUGAAACCUUGACUUGAGUUUGAGUUGAUGGGUUGAAUUUAACUACAAAUUGAGCCAAUGGAAAAGUGAACUUAGUUUGAGUUAUUAGGGGGUUUAGGUGAAGAAGUCUCUAUGGUAACCUUAGAGCCUGUUUCGUUGUUUUAGUCUUUUACCAACAUUUUUUUCCCUUCAUAGUAUUAUAUGUUAAGCCCUAAAAGUUAUUAUUUUUAGCUCUAAAACCUACACUUAACAAAGAUUGAUUUGAAGAACUUUUAAAUAUUUUCAAACUUUUCUGCUUGGAUAUUUUUCAAGAACUGCAGGUUGAACAUGAAUCUAUUGUGUGAUUUUGUGUAACUCAAUAAAACUUAAAUUUUACUUUAAAGAACAAGCUAUUUAAAGCAUUCAUCAAUCAGUUACCAUAUAUGGGAAUAGCUCAUAAACUAUUCAAGUGCUGUCAUAUGAAUUAAUUAUGAAUUUAGCAGAAAGCUUUCAUUUCUUAUUGUGAAUAAUACAUCACAAAGAAGCCUGUGAUUGACUGAAACACUAUUACUGCCUAGUCUUGGUGAAGAAUAAGACUUAUGUGCUAAAUUUAUGUGAGUAUUUCUGUGUAGUUCAGUUGAAUUUAUUUUCUUCCUAGCUUAUUGAAAUUCAACAAGAUGUAAGAUGUGUUUUUUCUAAUCUUGAUUUCUUUUGACAUCAAAUAGAGAAAUCCUCUUCACAAUAAUUAUUGUAAUUUUCCCAAUCCUGGGUAUUAUUUUGUAUACUAUGCUUUUUUCCGCAUUUCAAACAAGUGUUUCCUUCCUAGGCAAUUGUGAAACAGGUAUUUAAUUUCAGUUUUAACUUGUUUUUUGUUGUGUGAGCGAAGAGACUUUUGUUGGAAAUUUUGUUUCUAUUCAAAGAUGAAUUUAGAGAUCAUGAUGUAAAUCAGAGAAAUUUAGUUUUAUUCACUACUUUUAUAAUAAUUUUAAUUAUUUAAUUUUUAAGUUUAAAGUGUUUUUUGAACAACACUGUAAUUUUUCUUUUUUAAAAUAUAAGAUUAUAUAUUAUUAUCUAAUUUCAAACUGAUUUACAAGAUUUUUUCUCACUAUUUAGUUUAGAUUAAUCUCUUGUAGUUUUGGUCUGCUUGAUUUUUAAUUUUCUCGAUAUGUUCUUCUGAACACUGGAACAAAGUAUUAAUUUAUUCCCUCACUCAAAGGAUCAAACUGUCUUUUCACUUUCCAAAGAAUUUCAGAUAAUCAGGGAUUUCACCAUAUUCAGCUGCCUCUGUUUUUGCUGCUUUGUCAAAAAAAUUUCUGAGUCAUACAUGUACACUGUUUACAAGUAGCCAUUACGACACCUAAAGAAGGAUCAUGAGGUUAUUCCUAUAUGAAGUUCUCUCCUUACAGGCAGCUCACCCAGCCAAGGAGUGGUUACCCACGCCACUGGGGUCUACGGCCCCUACCUUUUUUAAUUUGAACCGUGCUGUGGGUUCUUUUACUUCUCACAAGAACCAUAUAAGUCAAAGUGCUGUGAGACAGGACCCUUUUGGUCAGAAGACUCUGUGUCCAAAUUCUAAUGGAAAGUGCUUCUUUAUUACUUGCAGAGCAAAAAUGUGAAAAGUGGACGGCCUAAGACGUCAGUGGAAACACAGCAGCCAAAGUAUUUCCUUAUCACUAUCAUUGUUGUUGGUUGUGUGACCGGAGUUGUGUUGACAGCAGUUGCAAUUUACCUGAUGAUGAGAAGGUAUGACAGGCUCAUCCUUCUGGAGAGCAAAGGGUACUAGGAAGCUUAAGAAACCACAACAACGAAAACGUCAAAAAAACAAUUGGUUCUUUGAGCAAAACAACAGCUCUGCACAUGCAUCACGCUGUUUAGUGCAUUUCCUUGACAUCCACUGCAUGACUACACCCUGACAUUUUAUAGAGGAAGUGAACAUAUGACAGACAGGUCUUUUCCUUCUCUUGUUUUGAACCUUGAUACAGUCCUUCAGAAUUCAACUCCAGAAAAAAUCACCUUCAUUUGACAAAUCAAAGGGGUUUAUGUAGACACAAUUAAGUUUCAAAGGGCACAUUUUUUUUGUUUUCACUGCUGUCAUCAUUGUUAUUGCUUCUAAAAGUACAACCCUGAAAGUGUUUGUUGUGUCUAUCUGAAUGGGAUUUUCAGUGUCCCAAAUGUCUCUGAAACAGGACAAGAGACAACAUCAAGUAUUCAUCAAUCUGCCAUGUUUAAUCCCCCAGGAUUCUUACAGUGCGCAUGUCUUAAUGUAAAGCUAUGAACAUAUUACACUUGAAGGGUCAAAGUUUAAUAACAACAAAGCUCGAGGGCUUCCAGCAUCUAAAUCACUUUCCCUUUGUUAGUGCAAAUAAGAUUAACUGCUACUGCUCAAAACAUCAGCUUUUGAAUCUGUCUUUCUGUUUGGCAGUUCAACUCAUCAAUUCCUUUUGAUAAGCCUAUUUUUGUUUCUGUUUCUUCUAUUUGUACAAUACCAUCCACCAUCUAUUCUUCGUUUUUAUUAGGUAACCCUCAUUGUUUUUCAAAUUUUUUUGUCAGGCACAAAGAAACAAAGGGUUUCAAGCCAGUCACUCUUCCUGGUCAGGAAGCCGCUGCAGACUACCAGGUAAAAUGAUUUGAACCGUUAAUUUACCCAUCCAACAGAAGACAAAGAUGUAUUGGAGAAUGCAUUUAUUGUGUUAGUACUGCAAUUAUAAGGACUCUAGCCGCUGUUGAUGAACCCUGGUACCAUACUUUUGCUCUUGGGUGACUAGGAGAAUGAAAAUCUGAUGCAGAGCACCCUGGAUUAUAUGGUUUCAGAACAUUCAGGGUGCCAGUUACAUAACCUUUUAAGUCCCAGUAGUGACCAUCAUCAAUUUUCUUUUAACAAUAUCCAUACAAUGUCAAGAGAAAUUGUUACGAGAAUCAAUCAAAUGAUCACCAAAGAGAAAGUGCUUUGAUCUUUUAUUAAACUUUCUCAACUAUGUAUGAACAUUAGCCCAGUUAUCCUCUGAUGACUCCACACAAAUCCUUCUAAAUUUGACUUGGGUCUAAACAUUCAGACUCAAGUCACAAAUUUAAUUUUUUACGAUGUCACACAUUAGAAUUCGAUUUGGUUGCCAGUUCCUGAUAUCUGAAAUUGGCGAAAUAAUGUGCCAUUUAUACAAGAUGUAAGGGUUACAACUCAUCCUAAAUCAGUCAUGUAUGGGUUUAAGGGUGAAAAAUUAUGGCUGCAUGGCUGUUAUUUUAACAAGCUUUGUCACUUUUUAUAGGAACUUUGUCGUCAACUGCGUGCCACUCAAGGUUGGGACAGUGCACCUGUUAAGACUACACCCACACAGCAUGCUGCUGAAAAAGAAAAGGGACUGGGAAGUGGACGUGCUCCCAAAUACUCCUGGUAUGUAAAACUGUGAAUGCAACUUCCAGAAAUGUAUAAUGAUUCCAGUAAGUUGGAUUUUUUCCGUUCUUAUCAUUGGCCUGAUAAUUAAAAAUACAUUAUUAAUUAUUCUGUUUCAGGAGUGAGGAGCCUGUUGUCCCAAAUAUGGACAUUUCCACUGGUCAUGUGGUUUUGGUAAGUGUACUCAUCAGUUGUUGGUAACAAAGGUGAUAAUGUGUAGGAUAACUGGUGGUUUCCUGUUUUCCUUGUUAUAAGUAACGAACCUGGACAUAAAUAUAAGGACUAACCUUAAAAUUAUAUCAUAACACAAGUGCAAAUAUUUGAAUAUGAGCAUUGCCUAUGCACCAUACUGAGGAAUAACUAAAAUAAUUUUGCCUUUCUCUCUCAUUAGGCCUACAUGGAAGAUCACCUUAACAAUAAGGACCGGCUAAACAAAGAAUGGGAGGCAAGUAUUGGAAUGAGUUUCUUUUUUCUUUUUUCAAAUACAGCAUGACCUCUGGUCCAUGAUGAAACAUCUGUUUGGGUGACUGCCUUGAUUUUGACUUGUGGGAACCAAGAUUUCUUUUGAAGGAGGCUUACAACAGUUUAUUAGGUCAAUGUUAACUAUGUCCAACCACCAUCAGUAUGUCCCAAUGCCCAUGAUAUUGUUACUAGUAUUCUGUGGGCUUAAUUUUGCAUUUUAAGGUUGUGUUCAAUUGACAGCAUAAUUUUUAUGGAAUACGAGAAAUGGAAUAAACAUGAUCUAGGGAUCACUUGUUUUGGCAUACAUUGCAUUGCAAUAUGUAGAUGUCUGUUUAAAAUAACAUAUUCUGAUAUCUGUAGUGUAUUCAUGGUUCAAAGGUCAUAGUAAAACUGAUGGAGCCUCUGGCUCAGAAGAUUGUGCAAACGCCUCCCACGUCUUCGACAUUAAAUAAAUUAUUCUAUUCUAUUCUAAAAACUUUGCAUAGUCUUAUUCCAAAAUAUGGUCCUCAUCUUGAUGCCGCAAUCCUUCCUCGAUACUGUACUGUCAGGUCAAAGCAGGGACAGAUAACUUGUUAUUUUACUUGUGAAUUUAUUUAGGGCUUAGAGGCAUAAUGAUAAUUUUGAUUUCUUCUGUAGGCUUUAAAAACUUAUGAGGCUGAACCUAAUAGCAGAGAAGUUGGGAAAAUGGAGAAGAAUCUUCGCAAGAAUCGCUACGGUGAUGUGCUGCCAUGUAAGUUUUAUCCUGUUCGAGAUUUAGAUUUGUUUGAAACUUGGAAAGUGUUUUAGAAUGUGAAUCGAAGUGGUUGCCCAACUAUUGCUGUAGCCAACUACUUUGGUGUCUGUUUUUUUCUCGAAGCUCAUAAAACCAAAACACUAAUGAGUCUAGAUCUCGAGCCACUCUCUACGAGAAGGUCUUUUCAUCAUUGCAUUGCAAUCCGCAGCGUCUUAUCUGAGAAACUGAUUUUAACUUUAAUUUUAUCAAAAGUCAAGCGGUUCAUUCAUGUAAAUAAGAUACUCCAACAUUAUCUUUGAUUACUCCUACCCCAAACUAACUGGGGAAAACAAAUAUUUAUCUAUCUUUCUGCAAAAGACUGGAACAGUCUUCCACCAGAUAUGAAAGAAGCAUGUCUUUUAAUCUACUUUUAAAUCCAAGCUAGAAACCUUUUUAGAAAACCUGAACUAGUUUUAAACUUUGUUACUUCAAUUUUAAGAUUUUUACCCUUUAAAUUUAGGAGUUAAUUUUACUCUUUAGCUAUUAAAUAAUUAAUUAAUUUAGUUAAUCUAUGAGGGCUCCACUAAAAACCACCAUGGCGAGUUGGGCUCCCUCUUUAAAUAUUCUUAUUUUUUGUUAUUUUUUCAGAUGACCACAAUAGGGUUCUUCUGAAGGAGACUGCAAGUGCUACUGGUUCUGAUUACAUCAAUGCCAGCUAUAUUGUAAGUGAUCAAACUCCAAAUUUUCCUCUUUGUUUUAUCCAUUUGUUACCCAGUUAUAACAAAGUAAUGUUCACGCAUCCAACCUUGUUUGUGGGGAGAGGGGAGAGGUUGGUCAUUUGUGAUUCAAGAGAAGGUCCAGAAAUACAAAUAGUCAAGAGACAUUUUUCCAUGAUUGUAGGGGUGGGAACCAUACCCGCUAUCCCUCCCCUCCUUCAAGAUUAUGGCCACAAGAAGCUUCAUUUGAGUCAGAGAGAGAACCUUGCCCUUAUGUCAAGCACUAGAUCCUCCACGUCUUGUUGUAAGAAUUUAUCAUGGUGUGAUACGCCAUUCCAUGCUUCAAAUAUUGUUGUUUCAUCAUGACUUUGGCAUUGAAUGGCUUGCUUUGUUUUAUUGUGGUGUGUACUCACAUUACAUGUGACUCUCAACAGAUGGACCAUGAUCCCAAGAAUCCUUCUUACAUUGCAACACAGGGACCCCUAGCUCAAACAGUGUCAGAUUUCUGGCAGGUAGGGUGUUAUGCUAUGAGCAUUGUAAAUUUUAAAUUGUAAAUAUCUUAUUAUCCACUCCCCCAGAGCUUUUCAGGGCCAAUUUACAACACUGGUUGGGGGACUUUUGCCAGACUGCUCAUGGUGCAGUUUACAAGUAAUGAAGGAAUGAGUUUGAAUUUGACCCGGGACUAUGUCCCUACUCUUUACAAACAGUGUUUGGGUUCUUCAAUGUCCCACAGAAUUUAUUAUAUGUACAAGGAUUGUGAGACAGGGCUUACAGUUCAAUGUCCUUAUCCAGGAAGACUACAGAAAGUCUAACCAUUUGCAAAUAUCAUGACAAAGCAUUGCUUUCUCCUCAGUUAUUUUUAAGAUCUGGGGUGUUGGUCUGGCCGGGGUUUGAACCUACAUACAGCCUCCCACUCACAGAGCUUGUGCUUAUCCAGUUGAGCUAACAAGCCUUCAAUUAUUUUCAUUCAGUUUUAUAACCCGUUUCAUUUUGUUGCCCUUUCAGAUGGUGUGGGAACAAGGCGUGGUAGUUAUUGUUAACUUGACUAAGCUUUCAGAUCUUGGAUUGGUAAGUGCUGUCCUCUGUCACUUUUAAUGGCCAGUUUCAAAUUGUUAUUGAUAUUAAUUAUUUUUAUAACUUCUUCUAAGAUUUCAAAUUCUGUGUCGAGUGCAAUUAAAGGAUUAGAAAUUAAACCAUUGAAAUUUUUCUUUUAUAGCCCCAAUGCCAUCGAUACUGGCCCGAGGAGCAGCAGCCAAUUGUCACAUAUCGUAUUUAUGAGGUAAGUUGCCAUAAGUUAACAUAAACCUUAUGAUUUGCCAUGCUUUCUUGCGCAAAUGUUGAUAUAGUUUAAUCUGCAUCAACCCUAAAUGUCUUGUGUUCACAAUUCAGGUUCACCUUGUCUCGGAGCAUAUAUGGUGUGAAGAUUACCUAGUGAGAAGUUUUUACUUGAAAAACCUACAGGUAUACACAUGGUCAUACUAAUGAGCAUUAUAUUUUUUUCUUAUGAAAUAAUGAGUUCCACGGUACUUAACAGGGAAUGGUGAUUUAAAAAUAUACAUGCUAUGCCAGCAUGCAAAGAAAGUCGUGUCCAGUAGCCUGGGGCUAGUAGAUUUUGCUAUCGGGUUAGUGAAUUCUGUUCUUAACUUCAGUGCCCAACUGGCAAGUGAAGUAUUUUUGGGAAAUUCAAAUUACAGAAGAACUGUAACCAUGCUGCUCAUCAAAAAAUUUGGGGGGGGCUACUUAAAAGACUCCUGGGCUAGUACCUACUAGAAACAAUUUGCCCGAAUAGCAAGCCAUAAAACCGACUUUCUUUGCACCCCCGGCUUGCUUUGUUAAGGUAGUUUUAAGUGAUUAACCUUUAUUUCAAUGUAUCCUGUUUGUUUUCCCAUCUUGCAGACUAGUGAAACAAGAACUGUUACGCAAUUCCACUUUCUCACUUGGCCGGAUCUUAAUGUUCCUGCUACUCCUAAGCCGCUUCUGGAAUUCAGACGGUAAGAGUUGUAAGGAAGUGACUUGUUCACAGAGUAGUGUUGUUCUUCCGUCAGCACUAGUAAUGACCUUGACAUCCCCCUUGAUGCCAUUGAUUAUUACCUGUUUUUUCUUGGCUGCUUCCGUGCGCUUUUCUUCAGCUCACUUAGCUAGCACCCUCACUGUUACUUAUCAAAAUUAAUGAAUCUCAGACGCCACAAUUAUUUUAAAGCACCCAAUGACAACUUAUCAUGGCAUUACAGCCAUCUCUCUUUGCUCCUUGUCGUGAAGAACAAACGGAGAUGGCUGUAUUCACAGGUAAUGACGUCUUUCUUUAAAUUUGUCAUUUAUCCUCUUGUACACAGCCACUUGCUUGACACUUACGUUACGUUAUACUUAGAACUUUUACCGACGACACAGAACUACAUGUUACCUAACGAAGAAAUUGCUUGCAAUAAAUUCUUUUCCAAAAAGUAGAUGAGUCCUGAUGUCUCCCUUUAGUUUUGACUUUCAAUUUGUAAGCAGCCUUUGACUCUAUUCAUUUUGAGUGGAUACUUGCAGGGGUUUACCUUGGUCCCAGAGGUUUUUCUCUAAAUUUUUCAUCACUAAAGAGAGAGUGAGCUGCAAAUCAACUCGUUGUUGCCACUUUGGGCUUGCUCUCUCUUUCGCGAAGAAAAAUUUCAUGAAAAAGCUCUGGGACCAGGGUAACAGGGGUUCAACUGUGUUAUAAUCAAAGGAUAUGUUAUUCUUUAGAAAAGUGAACAAGUGCUUCAGAGGCCGAGCCUCUCCAGUUGUUGUUCACUGCAGUGGUGGAGUAGGGAGGACUGGAACCUACAUACUCAUUGACAUGGUGCUGAACAAGAUGAUGCGAGGUCAGUGCAGUGGAUUACUGAUUAAAAAAAACGUUUAAUUAUUAAGUUAAAGGAGUUUGAACCAGAAUUUUUGUGAUUGCUAGAAACACACUCUGGAAACACGUUUGAAAUCAAAGAAACCCAAAAAUGUUGGUUUAGUCUUACUUAAAAUAAUUCUGAAUUCGACAAGGGCAAGUGUUGAACAUGAAAACGUUGGCUCAAUUUUUUCAAGUUGUUUUCCAUAUGACAGUCUAUUGUUUAUCGAACCUUGACAUGCAUGCGCACUUUUUCAUUAUUACUCUGCUAUAGAGUGUUUUCACAUGACAUCACGACGGUCAUAUUGGUGUUCCUAAACAAUGAAACGACGGCCAUGUUGGUGUUGCAAACCAAUCCUGUGGAAGUUGAACUCUUUUCUUAUGCAAAAACUUUCUUUUGUUCCAAUAAAUUAGCAUAGAUGCUGGCCACGUGACUGAAAACGCUCUAUAGUAACUUAACUGCAAGUGCAUGUCUUUAAGUUUUGAUUAAACUUGUGUUCACAGACAGUUGCAAAGAGUAGUUUUAGCGAGCGUUUUACCAUAUUAUUAUGACAUUUAAAAGCUUAUGAGGAUCAGCUGAUCUGCUUUUAUUGGGUACCUUCAGAAACUUAACUCAAAAGCGGUCUGGUACCUAAGAGAAACAACACUAUUGUACUUACUUGAAUGAGCACUGCAUUUGGGAGCCAAAAAACUACUAAGUACAACACCCUCCAAGAAACAAUGCAAAGAAGAAUUCCAAAUAGGAAUUUUAACCGCAAUCAAGUGAACACGUCCAUCAAGUAAUUGUCACAGAAGCUCUUUAGAUUUUAACUAAGGCACAUCGCCUAGUGAAACUGGCAAACAGUGUUCAAUGAGUAUUAUUACAAUAAUAUUGUAUUCUUUCGGUAUGUGCAUCAAUCUCUAGUCAUGAAAUUACAUAUGAAGGGUUGUUAAGCAAACAACAGCUAGAAGUUGCAUGACAUUGGUGAGACUGUCCUUGACUUAAUUCACAGGUGCUAAAGAAAUUGAUAUUGCUGCUACAGUUGAGCACCUGCGUGACCAGAGACCAUCAAUGGUUAAAACUAAGGUAACGAACGUUAGGAUUACUUCUGUGUUCUUGAACAGUUUGAAGUGGUUAUUCUGAGAUAUCAGCAACAGCUUUAAUCAGUUAUUAAGUGCUGGGGUUGCCCGGAAUCCGUUGCCUGGAUUGUUUUGAUGAUUCGUUGUGGAAACACCUCUGUUGUGAUGCUGGACAAGUGGCAAGAUUGCAGGUAGUGGACAAAACACUGACCCCCAGUCCAUGGACUACCCAUAUAGACUACUCUAAAGUGGACUAUGCCCCUGGCCAUGGUUGUUCAAACGUUGGACAUCGCUAUCCAUCAGGGGCCAGUUGCUCGAAGCCUGGUUAGCGCUAACCGUUGGUUAAGAGGUAUCAAAAUGUAUAGGUUUCCAUGGUAUUUAACGCUGGUUAGCACUAACCAUGCUUCGAGCAACCCGGGCCAGAUAAACCACUAUCCAGCGGAUAAGUAUUAAGAAAACCGAUUGCGCUAUCCACUGGAUCGCGUUAUCCACCUUUUGAAUAACUGGGCCCUAAAGUUUAGUGAUAAAGGUUAGAAAACUGAGUGAAUCAAGUUUGAGGUCAGAUUUCUAAGUAUAAUGAACCUAAAUGGAAUCUGAUUACUCAGUUUGCUAACCCUAAUCACUAGACUUAGGCGGCAUAGUCCAUUUUAGGGUAUAGGCCAUAUGUAGCGAAAUGUAUGGGGACAAGUUUGAAGAAUCUGUAUGUUGAUAUUGGGGCUUAAAUGGUUAAGAUAUUGUUAUUUUGUUCUUUUUAGGCCCAGUUUGAGUUUGCACUGACAGCGGUUGCUGAAGAAGUGAAUGCCAUCCUCCAAGCUCUUGCCAAGUAA